GAAACAAGAGCACAUUCAUUGCUUUGGGAAGCUAGCAAUCAUUGGUCUGCCUCAAAUGUGAAGUGAGUUUGCCUAUAUAUUUUCCAGGGCUGUUAAAUUAGUUUGGUUUGCCAACCAAGAGCCCCUAUACUCUAAGCUGGAGUUGACUGUUUUUCAUUAUCAUUGUGGUGUGUUAGUGUGUGUGUGUGCCUGUGUAGCAGCGGGGGUCGCCUCACAGCAAUGACUCAUCGGAAAACAUAAAAAUUAUAGCACUCUGCACUUACCAGCAGCUAUCAGCAGUAAGGCUGCUAGUAAGUGUGAGCCCUUUAUCUAUGUGUUCAUGUGUCUGUUGCCGUUGAUGAAAUAUAUGCACAAAAAUGUAUGGUUUAGUCUUUUAAGCUAAGUGUCUGUAGAGUUAAUGUUGGGACAAUGGUGCUGCCAGUGAAUUGUUUAAAAAAAGCAGUUUCAUGGCCAGGUGAAACCUAUUUCCUCAUUAUUAUGUGACACAUUAAACAGAUAAAAGAUCUGGAGUUGACUCAAAAUAAUGAAUUUAAAUUUGAUAGCUGUUCACUGGUGUUCUCAAUAUGAGUUUCAAAGACAUGUCAAUGAAAGUGAAGGAUGCCAUUAUUGGACUGAAAUUAAAAUUAUUUUAUCAGAGCGAGGGAGAGAAACAGUUCCCUCUCUGCAAAUCAAGUUAAAGGGAACCUGUUGUAGUAAUUUUCAAGACCAUAUUUUUAUUCUUUUAUUUUUCCAUCAAAGCUAUAAGGACACCCUCGCAUUGGCAUUAUAUAGAUUCAAGAGUAGAAAGAAAUUGUUGGAAACCAAAUGUUUAAAGAAGUGUCAGUUCUUAGGUUUUGCUUACACUGGCCUCAUUAUUUAAAACUUGGCCAUGUUUAAUAGUAUAACACCAGCAGUAUAUCCAUGUGCUUAUUCUUAAUCUCACCAGGAUCCUUGGGAAGAUAAAGGCAGUAUGUCAGGCUGAACAGCUGUUUUUAUGUCACUGUCCUAAUGGCACAGCAUGGUGACCUCCUUUUAGAGGCACUCAAAAAGCCAAUGACAUCAUUGUUCCAACUGUGCUGCACUUGUCCCCUCAUCCACCAUUCACCCGCAAAAUUGUCCAUUUGGCUUCCCAGUGAGCCUUUCUGGGUAGUAAUUUUUAUCAUCAAUCAUAAUUAUCUAAAGAUAAUAAUAUUCCUCUAGAGAUGGCAUUCGAUUAUAAAACAGGCAGCCAAGGAAAAUGACACUGAGUCUUGCCAUUGUGGUACUUCUCUAACUUACCACAUUUUCUCUUAAUUGAAUGGUUUUGCAGAAUUGUGGCAAGACCCUUUGCUUGACAUCACUUUGUUUUGCACUGCUGUUGUGCUUUCAUUGUAUUUUAAAAAACAAGCAAAAAAUAGAUUAUGACUCCACAAGAAAAAAAAUAGAGUUCUAAAUGAAUGAAUUACAGAGGUGAUACGAAAAUAUUGUUUACCUUGUGAUUUCUUGGACUGAUGUUUAUAAUGGUGAACAAAUUUCCUAUGCUGCCUCAGCAGUUUCUGACAUAUAAUUCAUAAUGUGAAUGUGUGAUAGAUUGGCAGCAUGUUGAGGGUGUUGCCUGUCCCUCGCCCUGACAGCUGCAAUGUGCUCCAGCCCCACCAGAACUCUGAACUGGAUAAACAGGAGGUAAUGAAUGAAUGGAUGGAUCCAAGAAAUGUAAUUAAAUUAAAAAAGCAGAAGCUGUUUUUUUGUCUUUGCAACCUAGCAAGUAACAAAGUAACAUAGCGAUGAAACAUGGACAGCGGUGUUCUUGCUUUGCACUAAAAAGUUCUCUUCCCAGAGGUUAGCAUGCACUAUAUACCUUCAUAUAUGCACCACUGGCCUGCUGCAUCGCUGGCUGUUGUCUUACUCUGACAGAGCCUGCAAGGGGUCUUGUCUGAAACAGCUAUGGUCAAGGACAAUGUGUCUGGCGCUAGCUUUGUUAUGGGAGUUGUGGCGACUCUGUUAUCAUUCUGGGUCCAUUAAUUCCAAUUCAUUUUAGCAGCGUGAUAACUAGCAGCGUCUGCUUGUCUGUGCUGUCACAAGUCAAUGUGCUGUGUUUCCAGAUAAACAUGAAGUCUGUUGUUGGCGGUUCUUCUUUUCCUGUGUGUUCUCAUGAGAGCGUGAGAGUACAGUAACUUUAGUCAAACCGCCAUGUUUCGUGCUUUGAGGGUAAAUGUGAUGAAAUAUACUGAUGAGAAGAGAUACAAGAAAUUUAUUGUAGAUGCAGAAAAUUAAAUUCUUUGUCAAGGAUUUCAGAAGUCACAGCUUUAUCUCUGUGUAGGAGAAGCUCCCAGGUUGUGUCACGCAGAGAACUAUACUAAAAUUACCAUUUUAAAAGAGUAUUUUAUCAUUUUUACCCCUUAGCUGUAAAAGGCUGAUGGCAUAAUGUCAUCGCCCCUCCAGGCAGGCAGGCAGGCAGGGCCUCAAGGUCAGAGGUCAAGUUUUCUGAAAAAUCGUGUGAACGUGAUGACUCGAGAGCAAGGUGAUGUAAGAUUUUGAAAUUAUUUACCACAGGUGUAUCUGCGAGAAGGCUGAGGGGUAGCGCUGGCCAGGAUUUUUUUUUUUGUAGUGAAACAUAAACUAUAUUUAAUCAUGAAUCCACACAUUACCUUGAAGUGGACCAGAUAUCCAACAAUAACACAUCAGUAUGUGUGUGGCUUUUAUCAGAUAAUGAAUUCCAGCAUCCUGGAGGUUUGCAACUGUUUCCUCCUUUCAGAUGAAUGCUCAAAUCAUAGUGGGUGUAGUUUGUGAAAUGAAAAGUCUAGUAGAGUCUAGUUAUGCACUCACUGGCCACUUUUUUUUAGGCACACCUUGCUAGUAGUGGGUUGGAGGCUUUGGCCUUCAAAACUGCCUGAAUUACUCAUGGCACAGAUGCCAAAAACAUUCCUCAAAAAUUAAUAUUUUGACUUGAUAGUAUUAGAAAGUUGCUGCAGAUUAGUCGACUUCACAUCUAGCCUUUUAGAUUGAGAUCUUGUCAUAUUUGAGUACAGUGAACUUAUCACGUUCAAGAAUUGUGAUCACCGUGGUCAUAAAGGGAUGGACACGGUCAGCAAAAAUACUCAGUUAGGUUUAAUGAAAUGAGUUUCAAUGAUCCUUAUCUCGCCCAAAGUUAAGAAAUGUAUCCCAUGCCGUUACAGCAGUCUGAACUACUGACACUUUGCCAUUUGAUGUGCUUUUCUGCUGCUGGCGCCCAUCUGCCUUAUGGUUUAACAUUGUUGUGCAUUCAGAGAUGCUGUUCUGCAUACUUGUUUUGUAACUAGUGAUUCUUCGAGUUACUGUUGCUUUCCUGUCUGCUUGAAGCAGUCUGCAACUCUCCUCUCACCUUUGACAUCAUCAAGGCACGUUCUCCCGAAGAACUGCUGCCCACUGGACAUUUUCGUAUCGGACCAUUCUCUGUAAACUUUAGCUAUGGUUUUAUGUAAAAGCCCAGUAGAUCAGCAAUUUCUUAACUACUCAUAGCAGCCAGUCUGACACCAAUAACAAUGUGACAUUCAGAGUCAUUUAAAUAACAUUUUCUUCUUCACUCUGAAAUAUUUUUAUGGACAAACAACUGAAUAGGUGUUUCUAAUAUAGUACCAUUUAGAUGUAGUAUAAUUUAUCACAAAAAAUAGUCAGUUUAAAUGUAUAGUUUUGCUAAAUUUGACCUUGGUGCACAGUUCUUAACAAUGGAAAAUACUAAAACAGGUCUUACAACAAUGUUAUUGUUGUACAGAUGCUCAUCCAUUCCAUUAAUUCAACAGGCAGGUUUUAAAUGUUAUUCACAACUAAUCUGAGAUCUGAUGUACUUUUAUGGAUCUACAUUAACCUAGUUUUUAUGAGCUUGUUUUUGUAGUUUUGUUGUUUUGAUAGCUACUCAUUUCCAAAUUCCUUGUCUCAGAAGGAAACUGAACAUUGAUAAUUAGCAAGACUAUAUUCAUGCUUGUGAAUGUUCUCUAUAAAAAAAAGUGGAUCAGAGACUAAAAAUAGCAGUGUAGUGUCUGGCUACAAAGUAAGCAUGAAAAAAUGUGAUACAUGUGCUUUCUGGAAAAUCUUCAGCUUCUUGUUUUGGUUUUACAUUAUCGCUAGGCUAAAAUUGCUCUUUUUAAAAAUAAAUAUUUAACGUUUCUUUGGCCUUGGACUGUAUAUUUUAACUGUGUUCACCAUGAGAAACGUUUUACUUUGAGAAACUCCCUUUCUAAAAGGAAAGAAAAGGAAAGAGAUUUUACAUCCCCAAGGACAGAGGAGGAGUUUGUGCUGUGGUGAGGAAACAACAUUUGGUUUCUCACACUUGCAAUUUGAUGAAUCACACUGUUAGCACUGUUAGAAAAGCUGUUAGAAAAGCAGCUGUUAGAAAAGAAAUAUAUAUAUAUACUAUUUUUAAUACUAUCAUAUUAUAUCCAACUAUAAUUUAUACAUUAGUCUUACUUUCAAUUACUAUGCAUGGAUAUUUCUUUUCAUAGUUAAUUGUGCAGGUAAGGCAGAAGCAUGAAUUUCCAUGCAAGAAGAGUCACGUUGCCUGCCAUCACACCUCUUUGUCUGCAGAAGCGGGUAAUUAAAGUUUAUAGUGAAGAUAAUACCAGCAAAGCUGUAGAAGUUCCUUCUGAUGUAACUGCCCAGGAUGUAUGUCAGCUGUUUGUCUUGAAGAAUCACUGCAUUGAUGACCACGCCUGGACACUUUUUGAACACCUCCCCCAUCUAGGAAUAGAGAGAGCUCUGGAAGACCAUGAGUACGUUAUGGAAGUGCUUUCAAGCUGGGCGAUGGACACAGACAGCCGACUGUAUUUUAGGAAGAAUUAUGCUAAAUAUGAAUUCUUUAGGAAACCACUGGACUUUUUCCCAAAUCACAUGGUUUCCAUAUCGAGUGAAACCAAUGGGAUGGUGGAUCACUGUGACCUUAUACAGACCUUUCUGAAUUCCAGCACUUGUCCUGAGAUCCAUGGAUACCUUCACGCCAAAGAGCAAAGCAGGAAGUCUUGGAAGAAGUCUUAUUUUGUUUUGCGGCGAUCAGGGCUUUAUUUCUCCAAUAAGGGGACUUCCAAGGAACCAAGACAUCUCCAGUUCUUUGCUGACUUCAGUGACAGUGAUGUCUACACUGUUUUGGCAGCCAAAAAACUACACGGGGCACCUACAGAAUUUGGCUUCUGUGUGAAGUCCACAAAAUGCAGUUCUGCCCGGGACUUGAAGCUGCUUUGUGCAGAUGACGAGCAGACCAGGACCUGCUGGAUUACAGCCAUGCGCUUGUUAAAGUUUGGGAUGCAACUUUACCAAAAUUUCAUUCAGCCACACCAGAAGCAAAAAGCCUCACCAAUGAGAAGCAUAUCGGAGAACUCUCUGGUGGCUAUGGACUUUUCUGGCCAAAAGAGUCGGGUGAUCGAGAACCCAUCCGAGGUGCUCUCAGUAGCUGUAGAGGAAGGCUUGUCGUGGAGGAGGAAAAGCUGCCACCGCUUGAGUGGUCAUGGGAGCCCUUCCACAGCCCAGAGCUCUGUGCUAAACAUAGCUAUCCACAUGGCUCAACCGUGGUUUCAUGGCAAACUGUCUCGUGAAGAGUCUCAUCGUCUAAUUGCUCAACAGGGUCUUAUUGAUGGAGUGUUUCUUCUGAGGGACAGCCAGAGCAACCCUAAGACAUUUGUACUCUCACUGUGCUACAUGCAAAAAAUUAAACAUUUUCAAAUAUUACCAGUGGACGAUGAAGGGGAGUUGUUUUACAGUCUUGAUGAUGGUCAAACACGGUUCACUGACUUGAUCCAGUUGGUGGAUUUUUACCAGCUAAACCGUGGGGUGCUUCCAUGCAAGCUCAGACAUCACUGUGCUCGGAUAACUCUGUGAACAAGGGACCCAAAAGACAGCUGAGGUCCCACAUGCACCUUAAUUCCUGGUUCUUCUGGAGAAACACAAUGGUGUUUUUGUGCCUUGGAAAAAAAAUAAGAUAAAUAGUUCUUUUCAUAAUGUGGUACAUGACUCAGCCUUAUUUUUUCUUAUCCGGAAAAAGGUGAAUUUCACAACAAAACAAAAACUACUGGUGCUGAAGAUCAUGUACAUUACCUUUUGGCCCGUUAAUGUAUCGGUGUAAGGAUGUGGUGGUAGUAGUAGUUGAGAUACAGCAGCAGGAAUUUGAGUGUUCAUUGAAAAUAAUCCAGCAGAACGUGUGCUGCAGUAUGUAUAGAGCAAAAAUGCUGUAAAUAUGUGACAUUUACGGUCUGUUAAAGCUAAUGAUGACUGAAUCCCUACAAGGACAUGCUUGUGGAAACCUGUAGUAUGGCUCUACACUGUCAAAUCUGGGAACAACUAAGCUAUUAUUAUACUAAGCUAUUUUUUUGCUAGGUAUUCAUAUUUUUUAAGAAAGUUACUCAUUUUUUUUUGUUUGUUUCUUUUUUAAUUUGAAGUGAUAAAAUUACCUCUGAGCAAGUUUCACUGCGCAUGCCUUACAAGGGAUUGACAAAGAGCUGUAAUGCCCUGGUGAAGAGGUUCCAACCCCACUGACUUUGCAUUGUGCACUGUAUACACUAUAUACAUACUGUUAUGAUUAAGUGAACUGUUUGUAUUCAUUCAUUCAUCAGUCAAAAAACUCCUCUGAAGUAAGAGCAAUGAAAUAAAUCCUAAAGAUUUUUUUUACAUGUAAUCAGAAAUGACAGAUAUUUGAAUUCACUGUAAAUUGAAAUUUAGGUUUUGUAAUUUCCCGAGAUUCAGGCAGACAAUUUGCAACACCUGGGUUGAUUGUAUUUUUGAUGUUAUAGCCACACCUGUGGAUAUACGGUGUCAGAUACUUUUUUUAAUGACGUUAGUCCUUCUACCAUUGAUAUUCAGCUUCAUACAAUCUUUUUUUUGUAACAGCAACAAUGCAAGAACAAGGUAUUUUAAAUCACAGUAGCUGGAAAACAAUGCAUUUUUGUAAAUAAACUCAUAUAAACCUG